AUGUCCAUCGGUAUCAAUUACUACUGUCCCGGAUAUUUACCCACGCUAGAGUUCGCUAGGAGGUUGACGGGCGAGGUGAUAUUCUCGUGGUACAGCAGCGAGGGCCGGGCCCAGCUGGCGGACCGCUGGGGCGGCCGCGUGCGGAGGGUCCUCUCUCCGGGGCUGGGGCGCGGCUCCGUCAACAUCAGCUCCGUGCGGGAGACCGACGCCGGCCUCUACCGCUGCCGCGUCACCUUCCCCAACCGCACGCCGCCCGCUCGGAACAACGGGACCUUCUAUUACCUCGACGUCGACGGCGGCAACCUCAUCGUGACUCCGCCCGUCAACGUGACGGUCCUCGAGGGUGAUCGCGCCGAGCUGGAAUGUCUCCCGAAGAGCCCGGAGUGGAGCGUGCAGUGGUACCGCGAGGGGGUGCCGGUGGAGACGCUGCCCGAGCUGGCGCAGCGGACGGAGCUGGCCGUCAACGGCAGCCUCAUCAUGAGGCAGGCUGUCAGCACUGACCUCGGAGAGUACGAGUGUCGUAUCAGUGCAGAUGACGGACAGCUCCAGAGCGCUAGUGCCUUUUUAGACGUUCAAUACAAGGCAAAAGUUGUCUACUCUCCCAAAGAAAGGUAUUUACCAUAUGGCAAAUCGGCGAGCCUCGAUUGUCAUUUCAGCGCGAAUCCUCCUUUAACAAACCUACGAUGGGAAAAAGACGGUUUCCUAUUCGAUCCCUAUAACGUACCCGGCGUAUUUUAUAGUAUAAACGGUAGUCUACUCUUUAAUCAGGUAGAUGAAUCCCACGAGGGAAUGUACUCAUGUACGCCUUACAACGUGCUGGGGUCGGCGGGCCCGUCGGCCGAGGUCCGUGUGCGCGUGGCUCGGCCCCCGGCGCUGGCCGUGCGCCCUCUGCCUCUGUACCUGGUGAGGCUCGGAGCGACAGUCACGUUGCCUUGUGCCGUCGCCCGGGACCCGCAUCACGCACCGCCAGCCAUUCACUGGAUCAAGGCAGGUUCUACUAAAGUUUACUUGACAAAGGUUUUUUUACAGAAAGAUGGAACUCCUUUGCCUGAAGGACGUUAUUCGCUAAGCGAAGGCAAUUUGACCAUCACACAAGUAUCAGAAGAGGACCGCGGCGUAUACGUGUGCUCUCUGAGUAACGAGGCCGACGAGCUGGCCGUCGAGACGGAGCUGUUGUUAGAGAACGUGCCUCCGCGCGCGCCCUACAACCUCACCGCCACGUCCACUACCAACUCAAUCCACCUGUCGUGGGUUCCAGGACACAAUGGCGUCGACGUGGAGUACAACGUGUGGUACCGCGAGCGAGCGGACAGCGAGUGGCGUACGAUGAAACUCUUGUCACGAGGCUCGACCCACGCGACCCUGCUAGCGCUCCGCCCGGCCACCGAGUACGAACUGAGGGUACUGUCACAGGAUCAUAUCGGGGACGGUUUAUUCAGUAAACCGAUAUUCGUGCGGACCCAAGAUUCCGAUUACGGUGAAGACGGAAGUACUACCGCCGGUGUUUCGGCCACAGCAACAGAAGGCGUCACGAACACGGGCACCUCUUGGAGCGGCGCCACGCUCGGCUCGGUCGGAGGAGUGUCGGCCGAGCUCGGGGUCACCGUGCGCCUCAUCGAGGAAGGAGCCCUGAUCCGCUGGAGCCGCGCGCCCGCUGACGACGCGCUCUGCUCGGUGCGCUGGUUCGACACCGACCAGCCGCAACACAAACUUAUAGCUGUCUUCUCGACGCACCAACAUUAUAUUCUGGUAGUGGAGGGUGCGGGUUACUGGGCCAGCGUGGAGUGCGGCGAGCUGGUGGGAGGCGCGGGCCUGCAGGUGCCGCAGUACGCGCGGCUCCGCGGCGUGGCGGCGGGCUCGGCGGCCGCGGCGCUGCUGCUGGCGGGCCUGGCCGGCGCGCUGUGCCUGGCCCGCCGCCGCCUGCGACCGCACGCCCGCGACAAACGAGCUCGCUAA